CCUAUACUUUGUAUCAAGAUUUGAUUGUGGGAGUGCUAGCUGUGUGUGAUUUUCUCGUUUACGCUUUUUCGCGACGGCGGUGGUGUUUUCCAACAGGAAUUGAAUUUUAAGAUAAGCCUUAUAUCCCUAAAUUCCUGCAUACAUACAAAAUAGUUAAAUAUUCUAUGGGAUUGUGGAAAUAUUUUAACCAAAUAUUUUUGUGAAAGUUUGUGCUUCUGUGUUUUUUUUUGUUGUAUGUAAAGUGUUGAAAAGUGACUAAUGCGGUAGUCAUCAGUGAGAGAGGCAGGGAAAGGAAAAAUUAACAAGUAGCAGUGUAGUGCCGUGAUUGAAUUGUGAGCGAUAAACCCCAUUAGAUCACAAAAAAUUAUCAACAACCACUUGCAAACGAAACAUAUCAAAUUCAGUUUAGAACAAAUAGACUAAAAGUUAGCACUUCACCUCUAAUCCAUACGCAAACACUUACUCGCAGCAGCAGUAAACACAAUGGCAGCCAUGGAUAAUGAACCACGUAGCGAACUGCAGGAUUUGCAAAUGAAAGCUACCCAAGUGGCCGAUGAAUCGGUGGAGAGCACCCGCCGCAUGUUGGCCUACAUGGAGGAGAGCAAAGAGGCCGGCAUUAGGACACUGGUGGCUCUUGAUGACCAGGGCGAACAGUUGGACCGCGUCGAGGAUGGCAUGGAUCGCAUAAAUGCCGAUAUGAAAGAGGCCGAAAAGAAUCUGAGUGGCAUGGAGAAGUGCUGUGGCAUUUGUGUGCUGCCCUGGAAGAAGGUUUCGGUUAAGGAUGAUGGUGACAACGCGUGGAAAAAGAAUGACGAUGGCAAGAUUGUAAACAACCAGCCACAGCGUGUCAUCGAUGAGCGAGAGCGUGGUGGCAUGGGACAACCACCCCAAUCGGGCUAUAUAGCGCGCAUAACAAAUGAUGCUCGCGAGGAUGAGAUGGAUGAGAAUCUUGGACAGGUUAAUUCAAUGCUGGGUAAUUUACGUAAUAUGGCACUUGACAUGGGCUCGGAGCUGGAGAAUCAAAAUAUACAAAUCGAUCGCAUCAAUGCGAAGGGUGAUGCAAAUAAUGCGCGCAUGUCAGGGGUCAAUCAAAGGGCCAACAAUUUACUCAAGAGUUAAAUUUGUGUACAACAAAAACAUACUCCUUUUCGUACAGAAAGAACAUUAUAAAUACAACCACAAACCACCACCACUCACGGCAACAACAACAACAACAACAACAUUACUACACUAAAAUAGCAGCAAUAGCGAAUAUGACAACAAUCAACUACACCCCCCCAAUGACAGCCACCACAACCACCACCCCUCAAGUUCACCAGGCAACUUCUAAUACCACAACAGAAAAUAGCGCGCGCGUUUAGAAGACAAAUAACUGAAGAAUAAUUUACAAUGUGAAUGUGAAUAAAGGCGACGUUGACGUCGCCUUGCUGUACAACUAAAAAACUGUGUAAGCUCAAAAUACAAAUCGAUUUCAUUUAAUGGAAGAAAAAAAACACCUGCCCACCAGCCCACCCUGCACAAAGUAAAGGACACAAAUCUAGUGAAUGAAAUUAAAGGCACAAAACUAAUUUUAAAACUGCUGCAACCGACCACCACCCACAAAGUAAACGCAAUGCAAACAACACAACCACCAAACUCACAGUCAAGGUCUGAUGAAUAUUUUAUCUUCUUCAGCAUAAAACGAGAACACAAAACUUUAGACAACUUUUUUUUUCGGCAAAAACAACUACUAUGCAAAACAACCCACCUAAUAUGAAUAUACUAUACUACUAUACAGUGUUUUUUCGAACUGGCAAUUUUGUAUGUACGACCCCUCCUCAACACACAAACACACACACACACACACACACACGAAAAGAACCAACUUUGUAUUUAAUAUUAAACCUAAAUUAUUUUUACACGUUUAAACUGAAAAUAUUUAUACAAAAACUUAAAGUUAUUUAUAUAUGUAUAAUAUAAUAAUAAAAUAAUUAUAUUAAUGAUAACAAUGAUAAUACAAUAAAUUAAAAUAUCAAUAAAUAUA